AGCUACCAGCAGCUAACGCCGCUCGUCUCCUAAAGCUCUUAGCAUACUCUUUCGCCUCUUAGCUCAGAGCCGACGGACCAAACCAACUGCCGAGAUAGAAACAGGGGCGCCCUCAAAAGCCUUGUUCCUUGUACGCUGAGGGAAGUCCUAACAGUUGCGUCUCCCCCCAUUUCCGGGUGCUCGGUGGGACAGUUCCGGCGCGGCCAUUUGAGUUACAACGGCGGGAAAGAAACAGCCGAAGGGAGCUCGCGGUGAGUUCGCUUCUCUCGCGGAAGCUGUCGGGCCUGGCGACUGAGGGGGGCGCGCGCCACAGCCGAAUAGUUCAGCUCAAGGGGGCACUUUGGGCGGGGGGGGUGCGCGCUAGGUGCAGAGGCCCAGGGGCCCUAGUCAGGGAGGGGGGAGCCGUGGGCUCGAGAGGAGUUAUGAGGGGGCGUGGCCAGAAGGAGUGGGGCUUAUCGGACGUUAAGGUAGAGCGCAACAGAGGAAGGGCGUGGCCCCAGGCUGCGUGCCGGGGGCGGGGCAUGGGAGCCGUUGUUACGCGCGCGCGGGUUGUCAACGGUGCCAACGGACGCGCCGCGUGAACGUUGAGGCAAAGAAAAGAGUUCUGAGGGGCGGCUGCUCUUCCGGUUUGAAUUCGCUGUAGCUCAGCGAGGGAGCUCUUGGGAGCGGCUCUGGCAUUUUAUUUUAUUUUAGCCAGAAGCUAAUCAUAGAAAUUUUGGAAGGAACCCCGAAGGUCCUCUAGUCCAACCCCCUGCAAUGCAGGAAUCUGAACUAAAGCAUCCAUGACAGGUGGCUGACCAACCUCUGUUUAGAAACCUCCAAGGAAGGAGAGUCCACCACCUCGGGUGGGAGCCCACUGCUGAACAGCUCUUACUGUCAAAAAGUCUUUCCCAAUGUUUAGUCGAAAUCUUUCUUGCAACUUGAAGCCAUGGGUUCGAGCCCUACCCUCCAGAGCAGGAGAAAAUAAGCAUUCUCCCUCCUCCACGUGACAGCCCUUAAGAUAUUUAAAGAUGGCUGUCAUGUCUCCUCUCAGUCUCCUCCUUUCCAGACUAAACAUAUAUUUCAAGCACUCCUCAUAAGGCUUAGUUUCCAGACCUUUGAUCAUCUUGGUUGCCCUCCUAUGCACACCUUCCAGCUUAUCAACAUCCUUCUUAAUUUGUGGUGUCCAAAAUUGGACACAGUAUUCCAAGUGCGGUCUAAGGCAGAAUAGACUGGUACUAUUACUUCCCUUGAUCUGGACACUAUACUUCUGUUGACGCAGCCUAGAACAGCAUUGGCUUUUUUUGUUGCUGCAUCACACUGUUAACUUAUGUUAAGCUUGUGGACCCCUAGAUCCUUUUCACUUGUACUGCUAGUAAGCCAGGUGUCCCCCAUCCUAUAUUUGUGCAUGUGGUUCUUCCUGUCUUAAGUGCAGAACCUUAUAUUUGUCCCUAUUGAAAUUCAUUUUGUUAGCUUGCACCCAGUUCUCCAAUCUGUUAAGCUCAUUUUGAAUUCUGAUUCUGUCUUCUGUGGCAUUAGCUACUCCUCCCGGUAGGGGUGCCAUCUGCAAACUGGAUGAGCAUCCUCUCAAUUCUUUUAUCCAAGUCAUUUAUAUAGACGUUAACAAUGGGACCAGGACAGAACCCUGCAGCACCCCACUUUUCACUUUUUUCCAGGAUAACGAGGAACCAUUAAUGAGUACUCUUUGGGUUCGGUCAGUCAACCAGCUACAAAUCCACCUAACAGUUACCUCGUUCAACCCAAAUUUUACCAGCUUCCUCGCAAGAAUAUAAUAGGGAACUUUGUCAAAAGCCUUAUUGAAAUAAAGAUACACUAUGUCCACAGCAUUUCCCUGAUCCACCAAGUCUGUAAUUCCAUCAAAAAGAAGAAGAAGAAAGAAAUCAGGUUGGUCUGGCAUGACUUAUUUUUAAGAAACCCAUGCUGGUUCUUAAUAAUCACAGCAUCCUUUUCUAAAUGCUCACAGACCGACUGUUGAAUUAACUGUUCUAGGGUCUUCUCUGGGGUCUUCUCUGGUAUCAAUGUCAAGCUCGCUGGUUGGUAGUUACCUGGACCUUCCUUUCCCCCUUUUUGAAGAUGGGGACAUUUGCCCUCCAGUCUUUAGGGACUGCACCUGUUCUCCAAGAAUUCUCAAAAAUAAUAGACAAAGGCUCUGAAAUUACAUCCGCAAGCUCCUUUAGUACCCUUUCGAUGCAGCUCAUCAGGCCCUGGAGAUUUGAAUUCAUUUAAAGUAGCUAGGUGUUCCCUUACUACUUUUCCUAUCGUGGGCUGCAGCUCCCUCCUUACAUCAUUUGUAGUGCCAAUCUUUGCUGGCUCAAGAGUUGAAGAUAACCCGCUUUUAGUCUUAGCAGCCAAAAAAGAGAGAGAAAACACCUCUAGCUUUCUCGCCAGGUUGACUAGCUUGGGGGGCGGCCGGUUACUUUACAUGCUUUAAUCUUACAUCCCUGUAAGACAGGCAGAUAGCAUUCCUGUAUCUCUGUCGUCCACAAGGUGGAAGUAGGGAGGAAUAGUGGGAAACAAACCAGACGCGAUUUUGGUAGCCACACUUGUUCGUGGAUUUACUCAUCUUCAUAAAAAGUGGAAAGUGUAUGUCUUAUUGUUCCACCUGAAUGUGAUUAUGAAGUGUGUGUGUGUUUUUUUCUCUUUUCAGAAGAAAUAAAUUCAUCUUAAAUUAGCAGUACAGACAAGACAAGAGCAAAAUAUGGAAAACGGUGUUCGGUUAGUAACUAUGAAAAAAAGUAUUUAUAAGUUCAUUUCCACUUUUCUCAACAAAAUUUACAUCAGUCUUGUCCUUGGCAUUUUUUUAAUAGAUUAAUUUGUCCUAAGCAAGUGUAAAUCACAACAUCUGUGCUGGUAAAAAAGUGUAUAGAUUACAAGGGAGUGUUAGUCAGCUAUAAGAAUAUGAAGGUGUGCAUAUAACUGAAGAACUUGCUUCUAGAAGUUGCUAGAAUUUUGACCUAUUAUAUGGAAAUUACAUUUUUUGCAAGAUCAUACUGGCUUCUUAAUUGAAAGGAGUAAUACAAUAAAUAUCAUCUGCCUGAGUCUGUAUGUCUACUGUUGAGGUAGGUGCUUUUCAAAAAAAUACUAUUUUACAAUAAGCAGCAAUGACAGAUCUGCUGUUAAAUUUCUCUCAGCAGACAUAGCAUCUAAGCCCCUCUGUGCCUUCCAGUUCUCAUCUCCCACCAUAUCUUUUAACUUUCACAAUGGCAUUCCACAAAAUAAUAAUUUCAUUAAUAUGCAAUACACAUAUGGACAGAACAGUGAUGUUUGUAUAAGGAACAGCAAAAUAAAUAUACUGACUGAUUGAACUCCAGAGAUGUUCUGCAAGCACCUGAAAUACUCGAGCUGUAUAGGACUGAGCUUGUUCUGUACUUGAAUGGGAGACUACCUAGGACUGUGUCAUUCUGUUUUAUUUUUUUUUUUUUUAAUAAUUUUUAUUAACUGGCCAAUCACAUCAAAUUAAAUCACAUCACAUAAAUUCCAAAUUACAAAGCCAAAUUUUUAAAUUUUGUUGGGGGAACCCAUACUUCAAGAUCCAAAGGGGAUUCAAAUCAUCUUCUUAUUACUGCAUUAAUGUCCAAAUCAGUCCUAAUCAGUCCAAACAGAGUUCAUAGUUCUAUCCAAUCUUAUCUUGGUGUUUCCACAUCAUAUCUUGUUCAUAUAAUUUUUCUUUUUCCUUUACGAUCUCUUCUGUUAGUCUCCUUAAGCCGAUAAGCAAAUAUAAUAAUCCUGUGUGAAUUUCCCGUUCUUCCAAUCUAAGUCCAGAUGGUUUCCAUAAAUCAUCUCCUUCGUAGAUAACAUCGCUCUUUCCAUCAUAAAUUAGGCAGUUGUCACUCUUAAAUCCCACCGAGGAGUUGGAACACGAUAUGUAAACAACUCUGUUUCUUCUCCUCCCAGACUCAAGAGCUCCGACAGUGCCUCCCAAAAUGGCGACGGCAUUUUUAACUGCGUCAUUCCAAAACUCUUAAAUUUCCAGCUUCGUCUUGGAACAUUGCUUUGGUUCGAAAAUUUAUCUCCACACAGCCUUAAAUCCACAACUUAAGUCCUUAAAACGACAUUUCUGACUCUUUAGGGGAGGGAUUCUUGUUUAAUCACAUAGAGAAAUAAAAGAGAGUUUUCCCCCUCCCCCUCAGUCAUUUGCCGUACCGGAUCUUGACGUUUGGUCUCAUUUCAUAUUCGUGUCUUGUGUUAUCAAUGAUCUCUUAAGUAAGCAGUCUUUACUCCCCUCUUUCCUUGAAGUAUGUGCAAUUUAUCUCGUCCAAAUUGUUUCUUUUGAAGAUUCUUGCAAACUAGUGGCGCGGAUCAGAGACGGCUUCGAGGAGUGCCGGAAUCCCACAGGAGGGCUUUGUGCCUAGUGCCCCCAUCCCCACAAAUUCGGGGGUGGUAUAGGGCACAGCAGGCAAGGGCCGUCCCCCCCACAAUCCUGGAGGGGUUAAGGAGGCUAAUUACCCCCAUCAUAGCCUCCAAAUUACCUCAUGUGGGUCGGAGAGAUGUUAUUGUCAGCCAUCUUCCGAUGCGCCCCCUAGUGGCCCCCCUCUGUGUCAUUCUGUUUUAGGAAACUCACAGAUACAAGUGCAAUGAAGAGUUGAUAAAGGUCCUGCUGAAAAAAAAUCAUAAAUGUAAAAUAUAAUAUACCCCUUUAUAGUAAUGUUUCUUUCCCCCUAUUUUGUUAGUAAAAAGAUGCCAAAGAGAAAAUCAAGGAGGGACUUCAGAAAGAAACUGGGAGUAAGUGGCACAUAUCUUUUUCAUUCAAACACAAAUGAGACAUUUUCCACUUCUGUUUAGUUUUAUUUGAUUCACAGCCUUGAGAUAAUCCGUACUGGAGUUCUAUGGGGAAUUUUGAACUUAAACUUUUUUUAAAAAAGCCUUUCGCUCUUCCAACUAUAGAGGUGACACAUGAUAUCCCAAGUGCUUAAAGAGCAUGAUGCAAUACAGAAUCAUCCUCCGUUAGGGGCACUAUAAGUAUACAGAAUAUGUAAAAUACGUGUGUACAUAGAAUGGGAUAAUGAAUGGCUGACAUUCAGAGGCAUGGCAUGACACAAAAUUGGUACAGUCACUGCUGCUCUCCUCCCCUUACCCAGAAAAUCUGCUGCUUGCCACUUUUGGAUUGGAGAUAACACAGUAUUGAUUCCUCAAAUGCACACAAUGGUGCUGUUGCUGUCAAAUCAUAGAGAAUUCCACAGUACCAGAAAAAAAUAUACAAAAUGGUUACAUCCUGCUCACUGACACACACUAUACAAAUACAGGCCACAAACACACACACAUCUCUCACACAUACACACUCAUACAGCUUGGCUGUGAGUCUUGGAAGACUUGUUCCCUGCCUUGCAGGCCUUUUCCCACCUGGCCUGGGAGGGGAGGGCCCUGACUGACUCCAGCUAUGAAAGCUGAGGCUGCUGAAAAGACUCUUGGGCUGGACUAUUGUUUAGGAAGUUUUGCUUGGCUGGGUGUUUCUGUUAUUAAUUAAAUAAAGGAUCUUUAUUUUAGAUCUUAAGAUAUAUGUGGAAAUUGUUCAAUUUGGUUGUGUACUUUUUGGCGUCUAAUUUACUGUUAAUGGCUAAUUUUGGCUUUGUAAUUAUGUGUUUUUUUCACGUUGUAAGCUGCCUUGAGCAUGGUUUUAACUUUGGAAAGCCGGCAUGCAAGUAAAAUGCUGUAUGUAUAUAUGUAUGUAUGUCAUACACUACAUAUACACAGCUACACAAACCUCUCUCUCUCUCUCUCUCUCUUACACAGACCACAUAUACAAGCAGACCACUCACAUACUAGCAUACCUUCCCUCACACACAUUGCAUACAUUUCACCCUCUCUGACAGAUCAUACAUACAUACCUUGCCUGCCCGCCUCUCCCUCUCCCCCCAUCACACCACUAUUCCUCUUUCUAUGUCCAACUGUUUCUCUAUCAAUCACACAAACAGCAUGCACAGAUCCGGAAAAUCCACUCCACAGAUGAAAUAAGUGUCUGUCAUUCACACACACAUAAACCCCUAUCUAUCUCACCCUACCCCAAAGGCCAAUCCCUCCCCCCCCAAAAAAAAUACAUACAUAACCCCUGGUUUCUUGUCUUGUUUUGCUUUCUGCGGGUUUUUUAUUAUAGGAAAUAGUAUUUUGAUAAAACAUUUCUUUCUUGUUGUAAUCCAGUAUAUGAAUUUGUUUGAAUUCUAUUUCUUACGCUGAAAGAAAGAAAUCUCAAUUUUCAGCUAUUUGUUACAGAUUCUGUUUUUUGAGGGUCCUCCCCAGGGAUACCAUGUCAAGUUGCACUUUCAUUUUAAACUGCUUUCUCUUUAGGAACCAGAUGUAUCAGGUAUUUUGAAAGUUCUCCAAACUGACCAAGCAGAGGAACCUGAUGAAUUAUUUGGUUAGUGAUCGCAUUUUGCCUUUUUAAAUUGACACUAAUAGUUACAGAACAUAAAAUAGAAUCUGCUUCAGCGGUGUAAGUCGUGCCCCAAAUCCUGUGAACAGUUUCAGGGCUGAAGCAUUAGAGUAGUCCAAAAUUACAAGGAAUUGAAGUGAAAAAUAUAAAAAUAUGUUCUCCUCACAUGUAAACAAGCCCAUGAGGAGAAAUGAAUGUGCUGUCAAGCCCACCUCUUCUGACACAUUACUGUUAUCAUGUUACUAGCCCUCCAUGAGUUUUGAAGGUGAAGUUCUGAAAUAGGAGGACUGUUAAUUUAAUAAAGUGGUUGUGCUGGAAGGGACAGUUGUCACUGAUAGUGUGCCCUUGCUCUCCCUCAUGUAUAUGUUUACAUUCGAGGUGGACAAAUGUCUGAAUGCCAAAGACUGACCUGUGUUUUUAUUGCUCACUACAAACAAGAUGGUGCAGUUCAAUAAUGCUAGAUUUGUCUAUGUUAUCUAGGUGAACCUUCACAGGAACCUUUACAUAGCACCGCUGUGUCUGCUUAUGAGGAAGAAGAUCAGCAUUCAGAUGGGUCAACAAGCAGUUCAUCAGAUUCUGAGCCAAAAAAGAAGGAUACUAGAGGAAGGUACUACAGAUGUAAAUAUUGAAAACAUGUUUAUCCUUGUAACACAUCAUGUACCCAUUCCUCAUUCACUCACACACCUGUUAGCUUGACUAAAAUAUGCUGGGCAUACUAACAUUGGCCAUUCAUUCAGCACACUACAGAACCCCCAUCUAAUUUUCAGGUGCCUUUUCAUGCAAUUGAGAAGAUAGCAUCCAAACCAUGUGAAAUGCUUGGAUGGUUUGAUUGUUUCUUUUUAAACUUUUAACUAAGGAUAAGGAGGAGUGAACACAAGCAUGCUCCCUCCUUUAUAUUCGAAAUCUAGGGUGCGGAACUGCAGGCCAAUCUGUUCUGUUAGGGGUCCACUUUCGCCCAUGAGGCCAUUAUUCCCAAACCAUGCCUACCUGCCCAUCAGCUGACAUCACUGGUGAUAAGCAGAGAUUAAAUCCUGCUCAAAAGCGCAAGGUGAAGCAGCUUGUGUGCCACCUGCUUUCAGGAGAAACGCACGAGCUGCUUCAGACAAUGCUUUUGGAACCCAGCACGAAGCAGGAUCACACCCCGAUUGUACCAGCUGAUGGGAAGGGAGAGCAAUCCUCUUAAGCACUGGACUUGGUGCACAAGAGAGCUUGUUGCAGGUGUUUGCCAGCUUGCUGCUGUUGCCAGCAAACUUCAGCCUUGUUUCUCUCAUGCCUAUCAAUGGUGGAGAGGGGAGAAACAAGCUCGGAACUGUCCAAAGCACUAAACAUGGGUUUAACAAUGUCCCUUUGCUUAAAGGGGAGGCAGAGCAAAGCACUGUUUGAAAUGAAAGGAGAGGAGUGAAUGUUAAAGUGGGCACAUUGCAAAGCCACAGAUGGGGUUUUGAUAGGUGGGCAGCCCCAUCCACCCUGUGAGGCCUAUGAUGCAAAGGAUCUGGCCUGUGAAGCCAAAACGUUUCCCCACGUGUGUUCUAAAUCAACUUUUAUGUUUCAAAAAUAUGACUGUAGGAGUAUUCCUAGCUUUAAGGUCUAAACAGGAUUAUUAUUUGCAAUCAAUACAUUAUGCAGCAAAAGUGUAUAAAUAUACUGCAUUAUUUUUCUUUGGCUCUUUGUACUCUACUGUGUCAUCAAGACUGAACCUUUAGCUCUUGCAGUACCUUUCUGAGUGGCACAUCUGUGUGACCCCUAGGAACACAUUGUAAGAGAUAUUAGAGAUUUGUAAGUUGUCUCAGUGAAUUAAGCUUCAAUUCCUAUCAGCACAUACUGUUGUGCAGUAUCAGCUCCUUCAGCUCUUAACCACUAUGCAACACGACACUAUGCAACACAAGCCAUAUAGCUUUUUGAGUAACUCAGAUAUUCACAACAGUCGCAUCCUUAUUUUUUUCCUUGCAUGCACACAUCUACAUACCAUUCAAUUCACAUACCCAUUUGAUCCCCACUAUAUUCUUGCUGGCUCUUUGAUUCUUACUGUCAGCAUUGGACAAAUCCUGUGUGCCAACAAUGAAACUUCUUAGCAAGAAAAGAAGUGACCUUUUGAUUUUUAAAGCUACAUGCCAGAAUAUACUGUAUUGCAUUAUUUUAUAUCUUUUUCUAGCAAGUGUCAGCAUAUCUUGAAAUCAAGAUCAGAGAGAGAAGUUUCUGAAGAGGAACCUGUGCAAGAGAAUAUGGUAAAGAAAUGAAGUUAAGAUUGUGUGUCCUACUUUUACUUCAGGAAAACAGACAACAAUAUAUUGAAAAUUCCAAUAUAUUUCCAAUAUAUUGGAAAUAAAUAAUUGGAUCUCUAUGUUUUAAAUGUAUAUUAUUAUAACUGGGUAAUUAAUUCUCCAGAUUUCAAGCAAGUAUGAUUUAUUUACUACUAACUGAAAUCUCAUGCUAGCUAAGAUAAUGAAGAAUGAAUAUUGGUAAUAUUCACAUGGCAUGGCUCUUAAAAUCAUGACUUGGCCUUAGAAAUCAUAUAUAUAUUCCCUUGUAUAUUAUAAUUAUAAUUUCUCUUCUAGGAGCUGAAGCUCUUAAAUGCAUUUACCCCAAUCUAGCAAAUGCAGCUUUUGAGUGCUCAGAAAAGAAGAUUAGCACAAGUAUGAUAGUUGAGGAAUGGCAGACAUACCAGGAAUGGUGUGUUUGGUGCACAAAGCAAUGUAUCUUUCAGGCACAUUAUGUGUAUAGGCUUUUGCAGACUCUUGUUUUCUGUGUUGAGAUAAUUGCAUAUCUUCAGACUACACAGAAAUUAUGAAUGUUAGAAACUUAUUUUAAUGGAAGUUGACACUUAGGCUUUAAAAUAGUGGUGCUCCUAGUCUAAUAUUUCUACAGUACAGCUCAGCUGCUUCCCAUGUGCUCACUAUAAACAGCUACUUAUAUUGGUCCAGUUGUGAUCACAGUUGUCAUAUAUGGUAACAGCUUGAGGCUGUUUUAUUGCUCAUGGCUACCUGUUUUACAAAAUUUUCAUGGUAUCUUUAUUGGAUGUAACCUAAUAUAAUUUAGUUUUUAAUUAUGUUUGCUGUGGGAAAGCAAGGUAAAUUGUGGCUCCCUGCAGCAAGUAUUCAUAUGUUUCUCACAGACUGCAGAAAACAUUGCAGAUGCAUGUUACAUAAAGAUUUAUAAGUGAUGUUUCCAUAAUAUGUAAAGCUGUUUUUAUACCGGGGGGGAAAGUUUGCAUCCGUUCCUAUAAAAUGAAAGGCACUGCAUUUGUAUUCUCUUUAAUCUGAGAAUAAUCACCUGACUGUUUUCAUUUAGAGAGCCACAGAGUCUACAUCCAGCACAGAGAACUAUAGAAUAACAUCUCCGCUGCCAGUAAGAUGCAGCUCUUCAGAAUGCAGAAUAUCAGAUAACAUUCCAGAUCUUAUGGAGGACUUGAAUACUGAUAAGGUUAACUAUAAACUUUGCUAUGCACCAUAGCUGUGAGAACCUUUGUCCUAAGAAUGAUGCCUUUGGGCACAUAUCUGGGUCUUGUUCUUUUCUUUUAAAAAAUGUGUUCAGAAAGCAUUAGUGAAGAAAUACAGUCCUUCCUACAUUUUAGUUUCCAGUAUUUUUUUCACGGUGGUGCUUUAACUGGUGCAGUUUAUGUGUGUGCAAAUUAGUUAGGGGCUGUUGCAAAUGGGCAAGUGUCCUCUUGACACCGUUUCCUUGUAUUUCCUCAACAUGCCUUGGUCAGAACUAGCCAGAAAUACUUGUUGAAAGAGUGUGAGUUCAGACAAACUUCAUAGCUGCUGCUCCUGCCUAAUGUGAUCAUAAAUUUCAAAAUAAAAGCAUUUAAAUGUAUGCAUUUUUAUUUGACAGAUGCCUAUUAGGAGUGCUGAAUGCCACAAGAAGCAGAAAGAGGCUUGUUCACCAGAGAUGGCGACAGAUUACUCAGGUGAGAAAGAGGUUGUGUGGUGUUGUUUUGCUUACAGUGGAGGGGAUCCAUGGAUAGCUUGUCACUCACUCCACUGUACAGGAUUUUUCAAAUUAGGGCACUUAGCCUGAUAGUGGUAGCUCAAGGUGGUAUUCAUGGUUCCCCACCAACUCAUAAUUUCAUCCCCACAACAACCUUGUGAGGUAGGUUUGGCUGUGAGUCACCGAGAUCCUAGUCUGACGAUGUAGUGAAGUUAGAAAAUUUCAAUAGACAAACUUUGGUCAAGCUGAAGAAAAGCACUGUGGGAAGACCAAAGGCCAAAGGAUUUAUGGGAAAUGUGUCCUUGUUACUUUAAGCUGUAGACUAGCUGUCUCUGGGAGUGUGAAUGCUUAUCUCAGGCAUCUGCAGGAAGGAAAAACCUCUAGUUGAUUAAUGGUGAUUCUAAGUGUCAUCCCUAUGUAAAUAAGGGUUAUCAAGCCUCGUUACAGGAGAAGGAGGAUCUGGUGUGUCUCUGAGAAAUUUGGGGAGGAAACUUUUGAUCCUAAGGUCUUGAGAACAAACAAGCCUUAGCUGUCUCAAGCUGAGUUAUUACCCAACUAGCUGACCAUUGGUAAAUUUAAAAUAAAACAAGAAUUCUGAUUGGUCUUGAGGUCCAAUUCCACGUGGGGUUUUACAGAAUAAAAAGCUUAGGAAAGGAGUUUGUGGGCGCAGCUAUCCGCCCUUCUGUCAGGUGCCAUCAUGCUGAUGGUCGACUUGCUACAUUUGUAUGCGUGUCCUUUGUGAUGAAGAUUCCUAUUGUCUUCUUGAGAUGCAGAUUCAACUGAGGACUUUUCGAACUGCUCUAACCUUUCUUAUGUUCUCGUUUUUUGUAAGUACGUUUAGCUAGCGAUGCUUUACAGUGUUGUUGUUUUUCUGUCUGAAACGCUAUAAGAGAUGUGCCUACUUUUAAGUAUGUUUAAUUUUGUUUUUUAAGUAAAUUUUAAAAAGAGGAUUUCCUUGUUCUGUGUGCCUUUCUGGGGAAGUCUGAAUCCAAGCCUGACUAUUUAGCCUCCUACUGAACCUGUGAAUUCCUGCCUGUAAUUUGCGGAACCUGUUGAAUUUCUGCCUGCAUUUUGUGGAAGCAAUUUGCAGGGUGGGGCAGCCGGUAACUGGGAAGAGUACCCAAGGGAGAAGGUUAAUCUUCUGGCUAUCCUCGGAUACAAGGGAGUGGUGGCAGCAUUUACCCUUUUGGUGUGUUUUGUCCUGUAAAAAGUAUAUGUUGCGGCACCACCUUCCCUCUUUUAGCUUGGUCCCGCUGGAUUGUAGGAUAGGUGAAGAAGGGGCGUGUGACCCUAACAUUACUACAUGGUUGGCAGCGUGGUGGGAUCGAACUUCCCUACAGAAAGGCACUUUGAUUUUAAUUUGAGCACGUAUCUCUUAUAAGUUGCAGACGUUUUAUUUCUUUCUGAUAGAUAGGAAUCAUGGAAGGCGGAGUCCCCAUGAGCAUAGAAUGCGAACGGUGGAUGAAUGGGGGCCGGGUGGAGAGAGUAGCUCCCUUCCUACUGCGGCAGAACCCCCCCCCCAGCAACCAAUUUCUAAAGCAGACUCCUCCCCCUUGUUCUUGGAGCAUUCCAAGGGAGAAGAGAACGCCGACCAAUUAAGAGCUUCUCGGAGGGGCGGGAAAGAGUCGUGCAACUCUCAGAGUGCAGUUGGCGUGUCGUUUAACCAACAGCUAUCACCUCACGAGGAAGUGAAAGCUGUGAUUGCCUCUACACGUCCUAGAGGAAGCUAUCUUGUUUAUGCAGAGCCGAGGAAAAUGGAGUUUUCAGCCGGCGAAGCUGUCAAACGGGUGCCAGAUCCCGUCCAGGGAGGAUUUCGGUGCCAGGAAAAAUUUCCCCGAGUGGGCCAGUCCAUCAUUAUUGCCCCAAGAACCAGCCGGAUGGCGUAUGAGUAUCAAGACUUGCCACGACAAAUGCGGGAAGCAUCCGUGGAGGACGACGACCUGGAGCAUCCGUCCCAUGAAAGUUGCAGACCAGUGAGAUGUCGUUCGCCUAGUCCAGUCCGGGUCUACUCGUCAGUAAGAGCUUGGGAAACCUGUGGGGCGGCGCGACGGUACGAGGAGGAGGAGGUCGAACCUCACCCCCAACCCUCCCGUGGAUACACAGAGGAGGGACUUCAGCGUCCGGAUGGACAGGUGCCCCGUUAUUGUUAUGCCUCAAGGUAUGACUGUAGCCCAGAACCGCGGGGAGCAAUUCCAAGACAGGCUCCUCAAGGGUUUCCUUUGAGCAACUUUGACUUGCGGUUGUUUCCUACAUAUCAGCCCCCCACAGACGUUUUUAGUUAUUUAACUCUCUUUGAAGUGACCUGUCGGGAUAUGGGGGUGCCCUUGAGAAUGUACAUGCCUAUAUUGCGCUCCUUAAUUUGUGGGGAGCUAGUUGAGCUGAUGGCCCGUCUCCCUUUGUCCCAGGCAAAUGACUAUGAGCGUUUUAAAAGGCUGGUGAUGCAGAGGCCUGGGUUUCAUGCUGAAAAUUAUAGACGAGCCUUCCGGAAGGUGGAAAAAUGCAACCCCUCAGACAGUAUUUCUGUGUAUUCUUCGAAAAUGGCUCAAAAUUUUGAAUUAUGGCUUUUGGCUGAAGGCGUUGAUACUUUUGAAGGGCUAAGGCAAUUGCUGUUAAAAGAACAAUUUAUGCAACAAUUGCCUCCUGAGAUUGCAAGCCUAGUUGCCAAUCAGCAUCCAGCUACUUUGGAGCAAGCGACCCAGCUCGCAGAAUCGUUUAAAUUGAAGUGGUCCCAUCUGGUGAACAGGGGACAGCCGGGAGGGAACAGACCAGCGGUGUCGGCUCCAGCCGGGAGAUCUGCUCCCCCAGCUAAGGAACAAAGUAAAGCCGUCCCCAUGCCUACAAAAGACUCUUCUAUAGCGGGGGGUGACCGCUCGAAACUUGCUCCUAGUUCGGGGCUGUGCUUUCAUUGUAAAAAGCCUGGCCAUGUGAAGGCAGCUUGCCCUCAAUUGAAUGGUAAAAAGCCCCCAGCCUUGACAUCGACCCCUGCAGUGCGUAUGAUUCAGUGACCGGCGGAGGACUGGGAGGCUGAGCAGCAAAGUUCAGGAGCUGGAGAAAACCCAGUCCCAGAUGGGAGGGGUGGGGCAGCGCCUGAUGCUAUAAUUCCCAAGACUGCUGGAACCACUUCUAAUUCUGUUACAGUGGGGCCACUGAGUACAGGGGCAGGACCAAGGGUGCCACAUGUUAAUUGGGCUAAUUUAAAAUUUACAGCACCCAUUGAGAUCAACAGAAUUGCUGUGAACUGUUUCCAAGACACGGGUUCUGAUAUCACCAGCGUGUCUAGAGAUCUGGUUUUGCCCAUACAGAUGCAGCCUGACCCCUUGAAGAUCAGCCCAUAUGGCGUAGAUGAUAUUUCCCAACCUACCGCCAUUGUUCCGGUGUCCUAUAAAGGCUACACUGGAAAUCAACUUGUUAUAGUUCAUGAUCCUGAAGUGUGUAAAAGCCCUGUUCUGGUGGGAAAUGAUUUGGGAUUUAAGGUUCACCCACAGCAAAUAUCGGUGAACUCUUUGACAAUUAAGGUCUCACCCACCCAGGCACAGGUGAUGGAAAACUGGGGAAUGACACCUCAAGGUUUGAGGGCUGAGGGAAGGCGCCUGGUGCUACAAUUCCCCCAACCACGGGGACUGCUAAGACUGCUGUUCCUGAGAACCCGGUUGGGGAAGAGAGUUGGCUUAAUAAGUACCGCCACUCCUUGCGUUCAUUGUUCCAACUCAGCGUCUAAUGCACCCCCCAGUGUUCACAUUUGUCGAAUUGCUGUGCCUUCCUUUUGAGGCAAAAACUCUGAUACUGUGACUGUGCCAAAUGACUUAGCUUUUGUCCCAGCUGAUUCAGUCCAAUUUUUGGAAAAGUAAUUCUAGUGGUGGAAAAUUAAUCCCCCAACCUGCAGCCAUUGAUCCAGUUCCCUCCAAGGAUUUUAAGGGGGAUCAUUUUGUUCCAGUCCCUGAACCCCAAGUUUGUGCAAACCCUACUUUGGGGGAAGGUGUUUUGAAAUCUACAGUUCCUUUCCAGCAGCUUGCAGCAAGCCCCCUUGCAACGCAGACUGAGAAAGAUGCAAGGGGGUCCUGUCAGCUGAUAGCUGAGAGUCAAGAAGAGGAAGGGGGGCCACCUCAGCCUAGCCAAACCCUUGUGGAGAGUUGUGAGACUCUUGCCAUGACGGGGGAUUCUCUGUUGUUUGAAGUAAAGCAGAGAUUUGGUCAGUUUCUCCUAGGUUGCCUAAAAGCUGUGGAAAGCCCUCCUUGCGAGACUGAGUCUGUCUUUUUUGUGUCUAAAAAAGAAUUUUUCUAUCCACAGUUCAAGGACUUUAAAGACCCAGUUGAUAUGCUUAAUGUUUUUCAAAAUAUGUUUUGUAAUGUAAGUGGCUUCGUUAAAAAGAGAAUGAAAUUGGUGGGUCCUUUACAAAAUUUUAGUCCUGGGAAACACCAUGGUUGUGUUAUGAGUAAAAUUGUUUUCAGGUCUGGUGGGAUCAUCAGCCUGCCCAACCCCUUUGUUCAAAAUCUGCUGAAAACUUUGGUUGAGGUUUACCAAAGGAGCUCAGAGUUUUUUUCAAACCAGUCAGGUUUUGCCAAGCUCCUAGAUAAUCCUUUGUCCAUGCUCAGAGGGAGAUGGGAGGAGAUUGAGUUAAUUUUUCUCAAUUCGUGGCCAGAACGCCUUAAGCAUGUGCAGAGAGUUUUGGCACGAUUGCGAGAUGCAAACCUGACGGUUGAAGUGUCUAAAUGUAAGUUUGCUCAAGGAGAAGUGAUUUACUUGGGAUUUGCAGUGGGGUCGGGAAACAUCAAAUCCCUGGAAGCCAAAAUCCAGUGUGUGCAGGAAUGGCCCCAACCACAAACCAAGAAGGGUGUACAAUCUUUUCUAGGACUGGUCAAUUAUUAUCAGAGGUUUGUUAAUCAUUUUGCUACUCUAGCUACUCCCUUGACCAACCUGUGUAAGAAAGCUCUGCCAAUCAAAGUGGAUUGGACUGAUGAUUGUCAGCGAGCCUUUGAGUUGUUAAAACAGGCUCUUGUGAGUUUGCAGGUGAUGCUAGCCCCUGAUCAGUGGCGUCCCUUUGUGGUGCAAACCGAUGCCAGUCAAACAGGAUUGGGAGGGGUUUUGCUCCAACAAGACAAUGAGGGGAGUUGGCGACCGGUGGUGUAUCUGAGCAAGAAAUUGCUACCCCGGGAGCAAAAUUAUUUUACUGUCGAAAAGGAGUGUCUUGCUCUGGUCUGGGCUCUAACUAAACUCCGUCCCUAUCUGUGGGGUAACACCUUUGAAGUCCAGACCGAUCACUCCCCCCCCCUUUCCUUGGUGGAAAGAGUAAAAAACUCUAACCAAAAACUGCUCAGGUGAAGCUUAACCUUACAGGAUUAUCAAUUUAAGAUCACUCACAUUCCUGGAAAGGAGAAUGUGGUUGCUGAUACUCUGUCACGUAUGUACCAGUCUGUAAAGUGAAUUGUUGACGUGUGAAUGAUGUUCCACUUGAGUAUUUCCAAACUGUGUACAUAUUUUGUUUUGAUGAAAUUUAGGGACUUAACCCUGUAAUUUCAUCUUAGAGGGGAGGGUGUAGUGAAGUUAGGAAAUUUCAAUAGACAAACUUUGGUCAAGCUGAAGAAAAGCACUGUGGGAAGACCAAAGGCCAAAGGAUUUAUGGGAUAUGUGUCCUUGUUACCUUAAGCUGCAGACUAGCUGUCUCUGGGAGUGUGAAUGCUUAUCUCAGGCAUCUGCAGGAAGGAAAAACCUCUAGUUGAUUAGUAGUGAUUUAACACCUGGUUACUAAGUGUCAGGAGAAGGAGGACCUGGUGUGUCUCUGAGAAAUUUGGGGAGGAAACCUUUGAUCCAAGCUCUUGAGAACCAACAAGCCUCAGCUGUCACAAGCUGAGUUAUUAUCCAACUAGCUGACCAUUGGUAAAUUUAAAAUUAAUCAAGAGUUCUGAUUGAGGUCCGAUUCCACGUGGGGUUUUACAGGAAAAAAAUCCUAGGAAAGGGGUUUUGUGCCGCACCUCAUCUGCCCUUCUGUCAGAUACCAUCAUGCUGACAGUCAACUUGCUACAUUCCUAUGCAUGUCCUUUGUGAUGAAGAUUCCUAUUGUUUUCUUGAUAUGCGGAUGCAACCGAGGACUUUGUGAACUGCUCUAACCUUUCCUAUGUUCUCGUUUUGUAACUACAUUUAGCUAGAGAUGCUUUACAAUGUUGUUGUUUUUCUGUCUAAAACGUUAUAAGAGAUGUGCCUACUUUUAAGUAUGUUUAACCUUGUUUUUUAAAUAAAUUUUAAAGAAAAGAGGAUUUCCUUGUUGUUCUGUGUGCCAUUCUGGGGAAGUCUGAAUCUAGAGCCUGACCAUUUAGCUCCUACUGUACCUGUGAAUUUCUGCCUGUAAUUGCGGAACCUGUUGAAUUGCUGCCUGUAUUUUGUGGAAGCAAUUUGCAGGGUGGGGCAGCCGGUAACUAGGAAGAGCAACUUUCUCUCUUGGGUUAAUCUUCAUGGCUAUCCGGGGUUACAAGGGAGUGGUGGCUGCAUCCACCCUUUUAAUGUGUUUGGUUCUGUAAAAAGUAUAUAUUGCGGCACCACCUUCCUCUCUUAGCCUGGUCCCGCUGGAUUGUAGGUCAGGUGAGGAAGGGGCAUGUGUCCGUAACAUUACUGCAAGGGGGUAGUGGCGGGAUGCUGUGCCCCCUAACAUUACUACAUGGUGGCAGCGUGUUGGGAUUGAAUUCCUAACUUUAGUACAGACGCUCUAACCUCUAUGCCACACUGGCUCAUCAUAUUAUCAGACCAUUGCCUAUUAGAAGGCCUAAUGGUCACUAUUUUGCCUGCCAAUAUAUGAAACAAUAAGUGUUAGCAUUGUUUGUUAGUGCUACUGUGCAGUGCUGUCUUCAAUUUCACAACUGAAAGACAAUGUUUUAUAAUGCCAUCGUUUAUGGAUUUUAUUUCUUCUAUUAAAAGUUGGUGCAAUUUUGAGGCAUUUUAAAUCAUAAAUUUUGAGGGUUGGCUGAGACCUAUAAUCUCAAAAGCUGCUUCAAAAACACCAUUUAUUUAGAUUCAGAUGCUGAGCCAGAUUUGAUAAAGGUUUGGGGUUCCAAAGACCUGAAAAAGGCUGCCAGCCGUGUCAAAGAAACUGAUGUUAUUCUGGAUGCAUUUGAGAAAAUAACAGCAAAAUACAAGUAAGUAUCUUUAUGACUAAGAUUUAACUUGGUAUAUGACUUUAAGCUCAUUGACUACACUGAAAUUGGGCAUUCUUAAGCCACAAUACUUUGUGCUCUCUCUGUUACAGAUUGGUUUGCUGCAGUUGUGCUGUUUAAACAUAGUGAAUGUUGUCAUAUGAUUGUAACCAAAAGGCCAAGUCAUUUUUACUCUGUUAUGAAAUUAUUUUUCCCUGAUACUACUUCCUAGGAACUCUGCCCCUGCUCACUCAACUCGCCAAGCCCUUGCCAUUCCCCUCCCCCCACAUUACUACCCUAGGGCAACCCCCAUAGUCAUGUUUCUUCCUCUGCAGCCUUCUUUGCACAAACACCCCAUGCUUAUAUGUUACUGUAUCUCUUAAGAUUAGUAGAAUCUGAAGAGAUACAGUAAUCUUACAGCAGAUUAAGAGCAGGAGAAUCUUAAGAGCAAGUUUGUCAGUUUAAGUUCAGUUGAUGAAUGUUGUACAAAUGUGAGUAGUUGCUUGUUAAUAAAAUACAUCUUAUAAAGUACUACAUUCAAUCUGAGACAUUUUGUCAAAGACAACACAUGGUACCAUGAAUGAAAUACAUGAUUGUGGGAAGAUGCUGUUGAAUAUCUGAGGGCUUCACAUCCUCUGAUGUUGUUUAAAGCAGCAGUUUCCCUCAGUGUCCCUCUGUGCUCACUCCCAUGUCAUGACUGCUGUUGUUGUGCAGCCCGCCUUCUCUUCUGUUCCUCUGCCCCGUCCUGACUUCAUGCAAAUCCAGUAUUGUGAUGACGCACUACAAGUCCUCCAAUGGGCGCUGUGCAAUGGCAACCUUACAUUCUUAUGUAUAUAGGAAGAAAGAAUACUAGAACAAAACAAAUGGGUGCUUAUCUAAAACAAUUCCCAUCCCUCAAGUUUAAACCAUAAUGAGGAUGAACUAACUACAGUGGUACCUCGGGUUAAGUACUUAAUUCAUUCUGGAGGUCCGUUCUUAACCUGAAACUGUUCUUAACCUGAAGCACUGCUUUAGCUAAUGGGGCCUCCCGCUGCUGUUGCGCCACCGGAGCACAAUUUCUGUUCUCAUCCUGAAGCAAAGUUCUUAACCCGAGGUAAUAUUUCUGGGUUAGCGGAGUCUGUAACCUGAAGUGUAUGUAACCUGAAGCAUAUGUAACCCGAGGUACCACUGUAAAUGUAAUGCAACUAAAUUAAGCUUUCAGUGUUUCAAGUUAUAAUUUCACAUGUUAUUCAGUAGGAGAAAUUUAGAUAGUUGAUGGCAUUAUCCAAUUUUUGUCCGCUCGUAUCAAGUUCAAUACCUAGAAUAUGUUUUUCAAUAUACUGAUCAGUUCAGCAUUUUUCUUUAGGUUUGUUUAAUAUACUGAUUUGUAUGCAUUCUUCCCUAUUCAGACAAGGAGUGGAGCUGAAAAUAUGUAGGAAAGCUAUUGAUAGCUUUUCUAUUGCGUUCAGAGAGCAACUCACCAAUAAUGUAAGUACAUUUGUUCCCUUAUUUCUGCUGUUCAGAUGGAAGUGCCAUUGCUUAUGUUGCCAAAACGGCACCAUCCAGGCACAAGAGGGAGGUACUGGAGUUUGCAGAAGCAUUACAAAAAUAGGGGGGAACCCUCAGAAAGGGAAAGCCCGAAAACAGCCCGCCAAUGAUAAAAUUUGCUUAUUGGCUGUGGCAUGCCAGCUAGUGAAAUGCUCUGCAUGAAUAAGGCUGACAAAUGGAAAUGAGGGUGCAGCGCUGCCAAAAUGCAAACAAGACUUGCAUUUGUUAGACUGGUGAGGGAAAUGAGGGGCUCAAAUGGAUGGGGUGGUGGAAGGGGGAAAGCCCUCUGCAAAUUAUCUGUUCAGACCUGUAGCAAGAGUGAUCUGUUCUUCACAAGGAGGAUAAGGGGAUGGUUCACCAUGUGGUUCUGAACAAAUUGCAUCUGAGAGAAUGUGACCCUCAUCAAAAAAAGGUUCCCUUCUACUGUUACACAUACAAAGGCUUUGUAUUACAGUGGUGCCUCGCAAGACGAAAAGAAUCCGUUCCGCGAGUCUCUUCGUCUUGCGGGUUUUUUCGUCUUGCGAAGCAAGCCCAUUAGUGGUUUAGCGGAUUAGUGCUACAGUAUUAGCGGCUUAGCAGGCUUAGUGGAUCAGCUGAUAAGCGGCUUAACGAUAAGCUGAUAAGCGGCUUAACGAUCAGCUGAUAAGCGGCUUAGCAUCAGCUGUUAAGCGGCUUAGCCAUCAGCUGAUAAGCGGUUUAGCGGCUUGGGGAAAAGGGGGGGGAAAGGGAAAAAAACCCCGCAGGAACUCGCAAGACAUUUUCGUCUUGCGAAGCAAGCACAUAGGAAAUUCGUUUUGCGAAGCACCUCCAAAACGGAAAACCCUUUCGUCUAGCGGGUUUUCCGUUUUGCGAGGCAUUCGUCUUGCGGGGCACCACUGUAUCUGACAUGAUUUUUCCUCUGCUGUUUUCCCAACUGCAGACUUUAAAACUUGCUUUUCAAAUGACAUAUGUACUUCACAGAGAACAUUUGAAAACUGAACUGAAACCUGUUGUAUUAUUUAAUUCUCAAACUUAGAAAUGAUAGCAUUAACAAAGUGCCCACAGCAAAAUUAAAAUAAUACUUAUUAUGAAAAAUGUUUGUGGCGAUUAAUGAUUUAACAUUUUUAAAGGACUCCAGCCAUGUUUCUCAAAUGGAAGACGUAUUGUAAAACAACCAGGAAAGAAAGGUGAAGGGUGGGAUAAAUCUUUUAAAUAAAACUUUGAAUCAUAUUUUCCCCAGUUGAGCACUGAUCCUUUAAGAUUCUUGGCUUAGGAUAAUAAAUACAGAUUUAGAACUAUGAAAACUAAGUAACUUUCCACAAAUUACAGAAUCUUUGUAACUUACCUGCUUAGGCCCUAAUGUUGGACUGAGCCAAGACAGUGUCCCAAACAGUUGGCAUUCACCUGGGAUUCUGGCAUGGACUUACUCAUGGACUUACAAGUUGUAGGAGCUGCAUCCUAGUUGGCUACAGCAGGAUAGUGUAGCUAGAGCCUUGGAAAGAGCACAGAAAGGAGAAGGAAUCAAAAAGUAAUGAUCACAGUUUUGGUUGUCUCUCAUAUGAGUAACCAUGCCUUUUGAGCUUCCCUUGUUGACUCUAUGUUAUGGUUAGCCAGCUCCUGCCUUCUAGCCAGCCAUCUUGAUCCCAAAGCUGCAACAGACAUAUGCUAAAGGGAGAAAUCUGGAAAUCACAGAACUCUAAAAAAGUUGUUGUUGUUGUUGUUUAGUUGUUUAAUCGUGUCCGACUCUUUGUGACCCCAUGGAACAGAGCACGCUAGGCACUCCUGUCUUCCACUGCCUCCCGCAGUUUGGUCAAACUCAUGCUGGUAGCUUCGAGAACACUGUCCAGCCAUCUCGUCCUCUGUCGUCCCCUUCUCCUUGUGCCCUCAAUCUUUCCCAACAUCAGGGUCUUUUCCAGGGAGUCUUCUCAUAAGGUGGCCAAAGUAUUGGAGCCUCAGUUUCAGGAUCUGUCCUUGCAGUGAGCACUCAGGGCUGAUUUCCUUAAGAAUGGAUAGGUUUGAUCUUCUUGCAGUCCAUGGGACUCUCAAGAGUCUCUUCCAGCACCAUAAUUCAAAAGCAUCAAUUCUUUGGCGAUGGUCCAUAAAGCCUUCUUUAUGGUCCAGCUCUCACUUCCAUACAUCACUACUGGGAAAACCAUAGCUUUAACUAUACAGACCUUUGUUGACAUGGUGAUGUCAGAGACCUCAACUUAAAAAAAAACCUAUCAGCUUACUUGUAAUUGGAUAUCUACUUCCAGAAACCCCGUGGCUAGAAAAUGUGAAACCAAUGAAUUGCAACCCUUACAGUGACACAUAAAAGCUGUGCCAUAAUAAAACAACUGAAUAAAAGAGUAAAUUAAGAAGCUAUGCUGUAUUACUAAAACCUGCACAUUUUCAUUAGGUUGCAGGUGCUGAGGAACUUAGAACAACAAAAUUGAAAAAUGCAAAGGUAAACAAUUUCAUGAAUCUUCAUUAAUUGUAUGGGUUCUGUCUAACUACAGAAGUGAGUAUGCAUGUUGGAUUAGGACAUUUCAGUGAAUUAAGAGCUGGAGUUCGCAGUGUGCCCUGUGAAUUUCACCAGAGGGAGAAGCUCUCCUUCCAAUAAUGAUUAAAUCCAACUGCUGUGGCAAGAAUUUAUGUCCUCGUCUUGAUUUUGGCUCUGAGACAUGCUAGUUUUAGAGGUGUGCUGCUUUGAAGCCCACGUUUUUCAUCCAUGAUUGCUUUGGAGUGAGUGGGAAGGCUAGAUUUCUGCUUCCGAGGUGGCUGUUAGAGGGAGAAUAUUUGGAAUCAUGAGACAGGACACCGGAGGGCAUGUUGUCUCUGUGGCUAAUUGUAUUGACUGAAAUGUGUUCAGUCAACAUAUUUCAACCUGAUCAGGUGUAGUGCUUGUGUACUGCCGUCUGCAACUGAACAUUCCCCAGGAUAAGAAGCAAAUCUGCAUUCAGUACUCAUUGCUGGAGCCAGUUUGUGAAAGGUGUGUGUGUCUUAGACCAAAAUGCAUAGCUUUCAUACAACUCCUGGCUCUCUUCUUCCUGGCAUUUUGGAUGUUCAGGAGCAUUAUAUUCACUACAUGUGAUAAAGAACCCAAAUAGAUUGGCAUGCCUUAUAUGAGAAAAUGAAUUUAUUACAACUGUUUUGUUCUCUUGCUAUAGCUUUUCUAAAAGCAGACAUUAGUUUUGGUGGACAAUUUUUUAAAAAUAAAACCACUGACAUUAAUGCCAUUGUAUUCAUAAUGGCAGGUAUUGAUUUUAUAUAAUGAAUGUUCUGUCCUCUUAUACCAAUUAAUCAAUUGGAUUUCCUUUCAGUAAACAUCAUUUGUCCCCCUGUACAUUAAUUGUAUUUAUUUAUUCUGUCUGUCACUCAUUGUACUUAUUAUAGCAGGAUCAUGUGCAGUUAAAUAUCAAGUACAGAAAAUGUACUGUAGUUGUUUUUUGAUUCCAAAUAUGACCCAUUUACUCAUUAUUAUGAACUUUGAUGCAAACAAAACCAUUAAAAUAUUUAAUACAAAUGAUUAAGGACUGACUGAAGUGAUAUCCAAUGUUAGUUAUAUGCUGAGUAGGUCCACAGAAAUCAAUGGGCAUAUUAGUUAAGUUCAUUGAUUUCAGUGGGUCUGCUCCAAGUAUGACUUAGCUGGAUAUCACCCUUUGUAUGUUUUGCUUUUCAGUCUUAAAAUAUAUUUAUUGUCAUUACAGAUGGUGAGAGCAACAAAUAAGAAAAGGCAGCGUUUGACAGAGGUCAAAGGAGAACUACUUAAGUAUGUUCUUAUCAGUUAAAAUGUUUCAUGAAAUAACUUGAAAUACAUUUUAGAUUUAAGUUUUAGACAUAGUCCAGAACACUUCUUAUAUUAUUAAAGUUUAAAAUGCUUUCUUAUUAUAUACCUCUCAUAAGCUCAUUUGUGUAUGCUUUUUUAUAUUCUGCAGUAUUUUGUGUUUUAUCAUGAAUCAUAAAUUCCACUUGUUUGGUGCAAUUAUCAAUGUUGACAGAAUAAUUCUAUUGUUAGAGCACUGUUCUCUUCUUUGUUACAUGCAUUUCUAAACACCAGGAAGCUUCAUAAACACAAUUUGUGACAACCUGUUUUCAAGGUGUUUUUUUUAAAGAUGAUUCUUCAUGGUCUCUGUGGAGUCACAUGUGGGUUUUGUGCAAAGCAACAUUUUGGAAAGUUCUAGAGCCUCCUCUCAAAUGAGUGGAAGCAAGUGCCUUCCUGCCCAGGUCUUUUUCAACUGACAGCUGAGCAGCAGUGUUGGAUACAUGUUAUUCACUCAACUCUAAACCUUUUUCCUUAGCUUUUUGCUAGAAGUUUGUUGCCUUACUAGUUACAACUUACACAUAUGUUAGUCCAUUGCUGCUGAUAAUUUGUCACUGAGGCCCUCAUGGAUUUGAACUGUUUCAAGGUGUGUUGCUAACAGACUUCUGCUAGGUAACCAACUAGCCUAUGCUGUGCCAUCAUUAGUCCCUCUGCUUUAGAUCUUAGAGCCAGGAAAUCUUUGGGGGAACCAUCCUGCAGGAUUGUGUCCUCCAGGGAGGCCAGCUUGGUAAACUUCCAUUUCUGCAUCUACACACAUAGCAUGAAGGAAGUCAGGUUGCUUACUUUAAACUGAUGUUCUUUGAGUGGUCUUCUGUACAGUCACACAUCUCUUUCUUGCUGUAGGCUCUUAGAAGCUCAUCUUGAGGAGCUAGAUGGAAAAGCACUGACGCACGCAAAUAGAGUGGGCUCUGUACCUUUGAAGGGAAGGACAAGUCCCAGUUCCCAUUCUAUUGUAUUUAUUACUUUCUGUUUAAGGCACUAAGGUAGCCUCAGCUGAAGGGCUGUUUAGAAGUUCAAUCAAUCAGUAAUCUUUGGCUCAGGAGCUUCUUUAAAACAUUGUUCUGUGGAAGUGAAGAACCCAUGUGUGACUGAGCAGAAGAUCACUUGAAUGUUAGCUACAGUUAACUAUUUUUUAGCAGAACCAAGUAGCUCAUCAAGGCACAACGCUUACACAUUUGUGUUUUGCAGAACUGAACCACAGCUAAAGAAACUGGAAAGAGAAUAUGCUGAACUAAAGGGAGAACUAUCCACUCUCAGGAAUGCAGUUCAGUUGGUGACUGAUUUAAAGGAUCUUAAACAAAAAUAUGUCAAUGUCAGAAAGGAAAACCCACAAGAAAAAACAGUAGUAAGUAUAUGUUUAAUAGUUUGAUGCCAUAUGCAGUAUUUCAUUACUUUGGUAGAGAAAUCCUCAUUGUUGCUACUGUUGUUUUGGGCAGCUGGGUUGGUGGGAGAAUCCAUGGCAGAGAAACCACCCAAACCCUGUUGUGCUCAUUCUGAAAGGGCUUAUUGUGGUGGUAACAUUUAACCUCCCCCCUGCCCCAAAUUCUGUGCUGCUCCAGCCUUUUCUUUUGUAGUUCCCUCCCAUCCAGUGGGAGGGAAAAAUUGGUAUACCAGCUCCAGGGGUAGUGUAUUCAAUCAUCUCUCAGCAGUCCCAGUGGCAUGCUGAGGGAAAGAAGGGGUUUGGAUCCAGCAGAUCCAAAGGCACCUGAUCCACCCUUGGUGCUAUUACUUUUGGGGCAUACAAAAGUGACACUGCCCACCUAGAGGGAGAUCCAGUAUAUCCUACGGCCCCUGGAAUGCCUUGCCAGGCUACCACUCGAUUUGACAAACCUGGUUCUGAAUAGUCCCCAAACUACAGUGAGUGGUUAGUGUUGAUCUGGGUGCAACUGCAUGGGUGGGUGGGGCUGUGACGGGAUUAUUUCACAAAGUGUUUUAAUACUGCCUUUCUUAGAAACAUUGUUUCCCCCCCGUUUUCUUCUUUCAUAGUAUGGUGCCUCCAGCCUUCCUGCACUCCUGGUGGAAUCACGAAGAAUUUUAGGAGCUGAAAGCCACGUUCGCCGUAUCAACUCAAAAUUACAACAGGUUUUAGAUUCACAAACGGAGGACUAGACAUAUAUACAUAUAAUUUACACUUUACUGCCUAACGAAUACCCCGCCAUAUUUUAAAUACAACUACACAGCAGAGACCCAUUGAAAUUAAUGAACAUUACUAAGUUAUGUCAAUUAAUCUCACUAGGUCUAAUUGGAGUAAAACACAGUUGAAUGCCACCCCACUGACACCUCUAAUAGAACUGUAGUUGAAGCAGGAAAUUGGAAGAUUAAUCCUUUUUUGAAGAGAUUUUUCUCAAGUGGCUGAACUAUUCAUACUUUUAGUGUUGCUAUCUGAACUCAGCAUAAAAAGCAAUAAAUGCUUUUUUAAAUUGCCAGUUAAGUUGGAGGCAAAUAGGAAGUAGUGGAAUAGGACAGAAAACUGAAUAUAAACAAGAUAAACCUUGAUAGUUUUUUAUGGCAAGCUUGAGAAGUGACCUCACUGCUUGCUGUCAAGCCCUAAGAACAUCUGAACAGCAGCAUGUUGGCUACCUGUGGCCCACAGGGUAGUAUAAUUUACAUUAAGCUACUUUGUUUUCCAUCACUAACAUAAUUAAAACAUACCAAAGAAAAACAUUCUAAAAUGAAGCAGGUGGCUUGUCCCCUCUUCUGCCAAUCUCACACUCUGUGCGAAACAGUAAAUAUAUGUGUAGUUGGACAUGUAUGUGAAUUACACAAAUCACUUUCUACACUAUAACUUUAUUCAUUUGACUAUUUAGCUGUACUAAUCCAUUUCUAGAAUUAAGAGAGAGCAUAUUUCAGUAACUGGCAUCUUGGUGGUUGCUAAGUUGUUUCAGCCCUGUAAGGGGUACUAUUGUUUUUUGGUGUUUGAACUCUUGGGACUAGCUAGCUGAAACCAUCAUGAUUUCUCAAGUAAAAGCACAUUGUUGGCUAGCUUGUCUGGCUAUUGCCAACAUAACUACCCUAGCGAAUGCUUUUUAUUCAGCCAUACCUAAUUUAUUAAAGUAGAGUUACUUUUUUGUUUCAUCUCCUUUGUGUUUUCUUGAAACCUCUAUUAGGAGUUCAUCAGGUAUUUCAUCUGUACUCCAAGGCUGAAAUGUUUCAGCAGCUUCAGCUAGUUCUAUAUCCUCAGCAGCUUCCAAAAAGCAGAUGUCAUUUUCAUUAUCUCCUGUGAUACUUGAGCUUUUCUUGGUGUUCAGCUCUCUAUUUUCAUGUGUUGUCGUUAAAGAUUUUCUUUCUGUAAGGUUGUGGUGUGUGUUUGCUUUUUCCUCAAUAUUUCCAUUUUCAUCCAUUAUAUACACAUAUUCUUCAUCCUUUUAAAGUAAACAAGUGAUUUCAAAAGAAAUAGUUAUUUGAGGAUUAUAACUUUUAACCAGGUUUUAAAAUAUUUAUGUAUUUCAUACAACCAGAUACAAGUUUAUUUUUUUUGUUAUUGUUACUACCAUUGAUUACUUGCCUUCUAAACCAUUGUCUUAAGGCAAUUUACAAAUAAUUAAAAACAGUUAAGCAUGAAAAACAAAAAAUGAAUUUAAAACAUUGUUUUCAGAAAGUGCAGACAGUGGGUGCCUGUUGUAUUGUGAAAGAAAUGUUAUUCCAAAGAACAGGGCCCCACUAACAACUCUGCUCCGAAUUAUUGUGGAAUGGGCUUCUGAGAUCUCUGGAACUUGCAGGAAAAACUCUCCCUCAGGUGGCAGCAAUCUACUGGGUGAAUCUAAGGGACAGGGCAGUCUCACAAGUAACCUGGUCCUGAGCGGUUAUAGGGCCUUAAGUCAUGCACCAAUCAAAGUUGGUGAUUUUUAUAAAUUCAGUAGAGCACCAUGUGCUCCAAUGAGUAUUCAUAUACAGUAGCUGCAAACACUCUUAAAUAUUGCCUGGCUUUGGUGUUUAGAGGCAUAAGCCAAUAACUGUCUGCAGCUGCCCAACAUAAUAUAUCAUGGCUGUUGAAGAAGCUUUCCUUCAGUAGGAAAGAGCUAAGCCUCAGUGGGAGACUUUCUAACAAGUUGGUCUUUUAAAGAUCCUGAAUGCACAAAGCUAAGAGGCCACACAGGCAAGUUCACUUGCAAAUUAGUUACCAGAUAGAAAUUUCACAUCAUCUAACAUCAUCACUAUUUUUCACUUGAGAUGUUUCACAUUCAACUUGAGUGUUCACAGAUUAAAUGAUGUCACAUAUGUGCAGCAGCUCAGAGGCCUACUUUUUGUUAAGAUAGUUAAUCUAUAUGUUCAAAAGUUGUCAUGAAGAGGUGGUUGCCACCAGUGCUUUUUUUCUGGGGGGACGCAGGUGUACGCAUACCCCUAAACAUUUUGUGAAUCUAAGUUUGGCCUCAUGGAGGGGCAGUAUUUCAAUAUGAGUAGGAAAAUGAAAGUACCCCUAAACAUUUUUUUAGAGAAAAGCCACCAAUUCAAGUUGAAAGGGUACUAUUCCACAUGGUCAAAGAGCUGUAGUGUAGCUCAGAUAUAUUUUCAAAGUGGUAGAUGAAAAGCUAGGAAUUCCUUUAUUAGGAGGUUAAUAGAGGGCACUCUUGCGAUUUCUGUCCCAGCAACAUGACCCUAUAUUGCACAUUUAGUCAUCUGUUAUUGCUGGUAAGAAAAAAGUUAAGACACACAACUCUGCUCAGACUUUACUAAUUAGACAACAAUAUUUUUACACCAUACAGUGGUACCUUUGUUUAAGAGCAGCUUGGUUUUUUAACAACUUGGAUUAAGAAUGCUGCAAACCCGGAAGUAGGUGUUUUGGUUUGUGAACUUUGCCUUGGAAGCAGAACAUGUUCCGCUUCCUGUUGAGUGUGUUCCAUUUGUAAAUUGAGUCCCCAGCUGCUGUGGGAAAGCACACCUUGGUUUAAGAAUGCUUUGGUUUAAGAACUGACUUCCGGAACGGAUUAAGUUCGUAAACCAAGGUACCACUGUACUUUCUAACCUAGCUCAUGAUAGAGCAGGAGCAUUCUACUUGCAUUUUCAUUAACAAUACUUCUGCCAAAAUAACACAUGGAGAAGGUCUUAUUACAAAGUUCUGGUUUCAGUGGGAUGUGGUUCGUAGCAGUUGCACAACUGUGCAGACUAAAGGAAUUCACAGAUCAGGGAUGGGCUUGCAUGACUUUAAUGAGAGAAACACAAGCAGUACUACAGUAUUCACAACCCCCUCACAAUGAGUAAUUUUCAAUUCUAUGGGCAUAUUGUACACAAAUUGAGAGGAGUUAUGCACUUGCACAACUUUAAUAAUGCAAGCCUAUGACAACAUCAAGACUGCUAAUGAAAUACUGGUUUUAUUUUAAAAAGUAGGCAUGGAAUUUUUUCCCCUCUAACGUUUGCUCAUUUUUCAUCUACGCAACUCAUUUUCUAAACUGUUUGCUACAGAAAUAGGUCUUGCCAGGAUAUAACCAAAACAUUUCAAUAUUGCACUGUGAGAAAAGCAUACCUCUUUGAAAAGAAAUGGGAGGCAUACCUCAGCUGGUAGUGGAAAACCUGUUAAAUACAAAGAGAGUUUAUAUUGAAUUAUAACAAUUUAACAUUAGAAGCUGUAAUAUUGUAGGUAAUACAAAAAAGUACUCACAUUCUGACUUGAAGUUUUCUGCUCUGCAAACAGGGUCAUGGCAUUUUUGAUACCAAUUCUCACUUUUCAAAUCUAUUACAAUCCUUGAAAUAGAUUUAAUAGUUUAUGUAAGUUUCAGUCAAUGAGAGUGAUCUUAAUUGCUUUAUUUUAUAGCCUUGCUACAGAUAAAUGCUUUGCAG